CCGCUGAGCGCCCUCUUCUGUCAGAUCGGAUGCAGUGCAGUAAUAGACAUGGACGCCGCAUAUGUGUCAGUAGAGCCGCCAUAUUGGACCGGUCAAGUGAGUGAACUGUAGAUAUGCUACUUCUAGAGAUAAAUUGGGCCCCGUAUAGACAGCGAGUGAAAACCGUUUUUACGCUGUUCUCUGAAUAUAUUAAAUACACAUGAACAUAUGUUACAUUACACGGCUCCACAGUGUUUACUGUCACAUAUGACAAUAACUAAUUUUCCGUCUUACUUUCGAGAUUAUAGGUUCAAACCAAAUGUUGAUGUACUCCACGUAAGUCAUUGAAAUCAGUUGAGUAAUGCGAAAUAGUUUUUAGUCUCGUUCACUUAUAUGUGUUAAUGAUGCAGUUUUGCCUUGUCCAAUAUGGCGGCGCCAAUGCUGUGUCCGUGUGUAUGAGAGCUACGUGUCAGAGCUCAUGCAGUCUUUGAAUUACAAUGAACUCGUAUAAGAUCUGGACAUAAGAGCCACAAUUACAGAUGUGUUUCAUUUGCAUUUAGAUAAAACUUAAAUUCUAUUUAAAAAAAGAAAGAUGCAACAAAGUUGGACACUUUCUGUAUGUGAGGAUUUGUGGAACAUGCAUGCAUGUGUUCCUGAAGAAAAGAGACUUCAUAAAGUGACAAAUGUUCUGGGUCAAUUUAUCAGCAGGUGCCCUUGAUAUAUUUAUUUUUUCUUUAAUAAUUGUGCAAAAAUCCGUUUGAGACUAUUUAUAAUAUUUUCUAUUGACAUAUAUGAUUUGUGUAUAUUUUCACGUGUUUCACAAUUAAUAGCUUUGAAAAAAAAACAGUAAAGAAAUGAGCUUUGCAGGAUAUAGACAACCUUUUGGCAUAAAGACAUAACUAAAAAACAGAAAAAAAACGUAUAAAACACUGAAGAAGAAAAAUUGAUAUAAAAACGAUAAUAAAACACUUCUUUUUUAAAAGUCACAAGAUGUUGAUUUUACACCACUAACUAUAAAUCAAACAAGUAAAUAGGAGGCUUGAAAUACGUGCCCUGCCCUAUAAACCGAUCAUCUUGAGUUGACCAGUUUCCCGUCGAAGGGGAUUUGAGAGGGCAGGCGAGUCAUGUGGGGAUCAGAAUCUAAAAUGUACCAUAAUCCUCUGAAGGAAAGAAGGAGGGAGAGAUAGCCCUGGGGAGCUCAGUGCACCAAAGUGACCAAACAACCAGGAGCUUCAGUCAGCUGGUUAUACAGAGAGACCUUGCUGUAUAGUCCCUGAACUCUAAACAUCUCAGACGUGUUGUGUUACGGCUCAGACCAAGAGUGAUUCCAGUGUCAACAUGGAGAUUACUAACGGCUCUGUUGUCCACUGUCCUGUAGGCUCGUGUUUGGAGAUGGAUGAUCAGAGGACUGCCGAGGAAGAGGAGGUUGAACUAGCUGAGGAGGUGGAUGAGAACAUUCAUAUUGUGAAUGAGGAUGGUGUGGAAGACAAUGUAAUGACCUCAAAUGCUCAUCAAGCGGAACAGCAAUAUGAUCUGAUGGAUGACACACAGGAGGAAACAAAACCUGGGCCAGAAAGAGAGGUUACCCAAAAUGAAUCGCCCCUAGAGAUAAAAGCAGAGAUAGAAGUGGAUGAGGACAGAAUCACAGAACCAGCAGAGCCUGAACUAGAAAUGGAAGUUAAAUCAUCAACAACAGCAGAAUCACAACCUCUUGUAGAAGAAGAGCUUGUGGAAGAUUUUAAAGAAGUGAUGGAGGAUCAACGCGAGCAUGUGUGGGAGGAUGAGACAGCGGAGAGCAUCCAUGUGCAGACUGUGAGCGCAGGACCGGAGGUACGAGAGGUCACUUUCAACCUCAUUUCCGAUGAACAACAAUUUGCGAAUUCAGUGUUUAGUGAUGAUGAAACACAACAGAUUGAAACUGAGCCAAUAGAGCAACUUAAAGAAGUGGAGGAUGUCAAUGAAGUGAGUUCAUAUGAAGUUGAAGAACCACCUGCGUUGAGCAACGAUGAUGAAGGUGAGAUAUUCAAAGAGGAACCCGUUUCAGUCGACAAAGAGCGUUGGAUUGUUUCCACUAUUGAAGAAGAAUCAAAAGAGGAUCUGCAGCGCUUCAGUGAAGAGACAGAUGAUAUGCGAUGUGAAAGAAUGACUGUGAAUGUAGAGGCAAUACACAACAAUGACUUGGAGAUCCCGAACGAUGAAGGAAGUGAGAUUGAUUUUAUUACAGCAGAGGCACCACCUGAAGUCCUCACCGAUCAGAUUGGUGGGAGCGAAGACCAGAAGCUUCAGAAUUCAGAUCAUUUGGUAUCCGAAAAGGGAGUUGUUGCUGUCACUCUAGAAGAAUAUGGAUUUUUUGAGCAGGUGGCUGAGAACAUUUCAACGAUGGGCGAAGUUGAGACCGAGCAAUAUAGAGAUGAAACCUCUCAUACACACUCAGCUCCUGAAGAGACGAUAAAAGACAAAGAAGCUGAUGAAGAGCGCACUGAAAGAAGUCAUCAUGUGAUAGAACCAAAAGAAGAAGUGAAGAUUAUAGAAGAGUCGGGAGGGAGUGAACAUCCUGAACAGCCACAGGAAAGCAGAACCGCAGAUGCACUUGAGGAUGUACUGGAGGUGGUGUGCGGAAAACCGGAACAGCCAGACGAUGUUAACAGCGACAAACAGGAGGUUGUUGAAGAAGCGAAUUUAGCAACGGAACAACCCAAGCAUGUCAACGAAGAAGUGUUGACAUCUACAGAGGAGGGGGCAGGACAAGGAAAUGAAGAGCCAAGAGGUGUUAUCCAAGAUGAACCCAAGAAGAAAGCGAGAGAGGGGGAUCGAAAGGUGACAAUACCUGCCUGGUUAAAGGCCAGCGAGAUCUUUGAUUUCCAGGAGCCACCGAGACCCCUCAACGGUCACCGGAGAGACAACAUUGGUCAAAGGGAAGGUGAGGCCAAAGGUCAAGAGGUCACCGUGGAGAAUGGGAUAUCAGCCUCUCUAGUUCAACAAGAAGAGGAGAAGAUGGUGAAUAAGAUUAGGAUGACCGCUCAACAGAUGGAUGAAGAUGUCUGCGAUGCUGAUCCUGAUGAUGUGAAAGUGUCCCUCUAUGUGAAGGUGAGCAGACCUCACAUCAUCAUUCUCACCACCUCCAGACUCCAGAAAUAUAGCAACGGUAAUAAAUCUAUUCAAACAAAUACAUACCAUUACAAAAUGAACAAACCAGUUUGACGUCACAUGCUGGUGCUGC